GUAAGAUUAACCAGUAAGAUUCGACCCCAUGAAACCUCGACCACUAGGAACAGCUCUACAUCGCAGAAUCGACCUGCGACAAGCCCAGCUCCUUUGCUUUGUCGCCACGCAGAUUGAACGAUGGCGCAGUGAGCGCCAACUUCGAACUGCAAGCUCCGGCAGUGGCGGGAAGCUUCGUGGUGUGUUGGACACGAGUUGGCCAAAUUCCGCAGAAGAUGGGCGAAGGCUUUGCGCGUGAGUCUCGCGAUUGCAUUCUGGCAGGUUGGGAAUUGGCUGCGCCAUCCAUCGACUACCAACACCUCACAAGUGACGGACAAGCCUGCAGCCGUUCUUGUGGCGGCGGCCUUUAUGAGAUGCGUCGCAACGUCAUCGCACAGGCAGUCGGUGGUGGCAUCAAAUGUCCAGGGGCAGCGAGCCCCGAGCGGAGCCGCUUCUUCAGCUGCAACACUCAGCCCUGCCCGACGGCAUUGGCCUUGAACGUCUACACGGAGCCCAAGUGGGUCAAGCCUAACACCUUCUUCCAGGUCAUAGUGGAGGGAUACUUUUUGAAGCCCGAAGAGGAUCGAGUGGUACUGGUGCAGGGUGGUGACGCUGUUGAAUGUGGCCAGGCAGCCAAUUCCUCAGGUGGCAAUGCAUCAGAGAAUGGCAGCAUUCCCCAAGUGCAGUGGGGUUCAGGCGCAACCUGUUCGCAGCCCGCUAGCAACAGCACCUACCUACAGUGUGGUGAUGGUGUGGCCAGUCUGGUGGUCAACCAACCUGGGCGCUAUCGCCUGUGUCUUUGCCAUGCAGCUUCAGUCCAGGUGGAAUAUGUAAACAUUUCAGGUUCAAUGGAGUUGCUUCGUGACCGCUGCAGCCGUUUGGAGGAUUUUGCUUUGAUGCCAAGUAAUGGAUCCCUGAUCGACAUCACUGGAUCGCACACGGAGACCGAGGAAAAGGCAGAUGUCGACGAUGCUUUGGGCGUGCUUGGCAUGAAGGGCCUCCAGGAAAGUGGUCGCAACAGGUCGGAUCUCAUCCUGAUCUUGGGGCUGAUCUCAGCGACGCUGUUGUACUGCUGUGCCAUUUUGGGCGCCUGCUGGUUCUGGCGCUAUAGGUGGCGGAAACGCGGAGAAUGGAGGAGGAUGGGCUCCGGGCUCUUCAAGAAUUCCUUGGUGGCCAAAGCCACCAAAGCUGCUUGGGAGGCUUACAAUCGUACCGUCACGGAACAAGCUCAGCUAACGGAGGACGGUGACGGUGAGAACGUCGAUGACCUCGUGGCGGAGCCGUUGGCGGAUUUGACCUCCGUGCCACAGACGGGCACCCUGACCCCACCGGGCACUGGCGUGUCGCUGAAGAGUGGCAGUUCCAUGCUGCUCGGUGGAAGCACAGUUCCUCUACCAGUAGCACCCGCGCUACCACACCAGGACGUGCAUCGCCCCGUGUCUCCCAAGAUGGGCGGCUCCUUUUUGGACCUGCCUUUGGCGGGCAAAGGCACCCGUUCGGCCACCGCCAGCCCCUCGCGGCCCUGCACGGCCAACACGGUGUUGACCAUCGCCGAAGAGCCAGGCUCUGAAGUGAAGCAAGAAACUCCACGCGAUGCCGCCUCUGACCAUGGAUCAGGUGGAGCCACACCUACGGCAACCCAGGCAUCCAGGAUGUUGGAAUUGCAGCUCCCCGGGCUGGAAAAGAAGUUGGCCAAGUUAAGGGAGGAGCAGUCGGAAAGUGAGACGGAAAGCCCUCAGUCCGAGGCUCUCCCGGCCCCUCGGGGAGUGUUGGCUGCAGCGCCACCCAGCAUGGCACCACCCAGUUUGCCAGGACAGCCACAGAGCGAAGCCGCCAAGGCGGAGGCCAGCAAGUCCUCUCCAAGGCCUUCGGAGGUACCUCAAGCACCCUCGAAACCCAGCCUUCCUUCGAUGUCCGCCAUGCGGCGUCCCUUGCCGCCGCCUCCCAAGUUGUCCAAGGAGGCAGAGGUGCCAGAGCCUAUCCAAGAGCAGUCGCAGUCCCUUCAGCCAGCCACGCCAGUAGCUGUUCCAGCUCCAGUGCUGGAGGAGUCACAGGAAGCUGGCACUCCACACCACGAGAUGCUUCCAGAGGAAGAGGUGGAUGGGGAGCUGUGGGUAGCUGCAGAGGUGGUGGUACAGGAGCCUCCAGCUGUGGAACCAGACGCGCCUCGCACUCCUCAGACUCCACAGGAAGAGACACCCGAAGUGAAGGCACCGCAAGAACCGGAGCAAGUGCCCAGCACACCAUCGACACCAGCAUCUAAGAUGUCCAAGGACGAAUCUCCCAGCGGAGCGCCCAAGUUGUCGUCCUGGCUUACGGACAUGAGGUCGCGUAUGGCCAAUAAGCAGGCGGCAGAAAGCAAGGAAGUGCAGGAGAAGCCGGAGAAGCCGGCGGCUUCAACCAGCAAGUUCGCGCCGUCAUCUUCACUGCGGCCAUCUGGAAAGCUGACGAAACCGCCGAAGCCACCCCCAAAGCCCAGCGCAGCGGCUUCGCCACCCGCAGCUGCCGAAACCGCAGCACCCACGGAGAUCGAGGUUGCACCAGCUGUGCCACCUUUGGCAUUGCCAACUGUGGAGGAAGAGCCAACUGCGGGCAUCGUCAGGUGCUUUCGUGGCAACGCUUCUGGAAUCUCUUCCAAGGCUUCAGCGGGCGAGCAAAGCACCCAAAGCACCGCAGAACAGGAACCAGGUGACGAGCCCAAGCAAGUGGAGGCGGUUUCCAGCGAAACCUCACAGGGUGAAGGAGGCAGUCUCUCCUUGCCGCCCAAUUUCACUGCUCAGCGCAAUGGCCCGUUGCCCACUGGAAAUUGGGAGGAUAGCCAAGAGAAGCUUCGGCAGGAAUGGUAUGAGAAGCUGGCGGCUGGGGUAGACGACAACGACCGGCCACGUCGGGGCAAGGCAUCUUUGCGGGGAGCCGCUGGGUCGCUGCGCCGUCCUGGGGCAUCCUUGCGAAAUACCGCCUCGGCAUCAGGGUCAGCAGCCAACAGCCAAAUGGGAAGCCUGGCUCCUUCACGAGCUUCGCAAUCUCCUGUGAUGUCGCCCAGGCAGAGUGGUGACACCGAAGGUGACGCACCCUCCGGCGGCACGUUGCCGCCUCCACCUCCCCCGCGGAAAUCGCAGCGUGGCCCCGGACCGGGGCCACCAUUGCCCGGCUUGGGACCCGGCCCAGCCCCAGCCGGCAUGGCUGGUGCGCCGGGGUCAAAGUUAAAGCCGAACUGGGCAUUCUGA